CAUAUAUUGACCAGCACUACAAAUCACAAUCCGGAAGAGGGGGAGGAGAGGAGGAGGAAGAAGCAGAGGAGGAGGCAUCUACAAGGGACGACAGCCAGAAGAACUGAAAAAGAGGCACCGAUCGCCCACAAAUUCCAUCGUCUUGGAUCGGUCUGUCUCGGAAAAUUAAGAGAUGGCGGUAGCAAAGCCAGCAAGCCUCGGGCGGCCGUCAUCGUCAUUCCGGCUCAAGUCACCCAGCCUCAACUGCCUCCGCCUGCGUCGUAUCUUCGACAUGUUCGACCAGAACGGGGACGACAUCAUCUCCGUGGACGAACUGAGCCAGGCCCUCGACCACCUUGGUUUGGAAGCUGAUCCUUCGGAGGUUGAAUCCAUGGUGCGCUCCUACAUUAGGCCUGGCAAUACUGGCCUAACCUUCGAGGACUUCGAGGCCUUGCACCAAUCGCUCGACCAAACCUUCUUUGGGAAAGACAACAACAAUAACAAGGACGAUGGGGAAGCUGCUGACGAAGACGGGACAUGUGAUUGUGGUAGUGAUGCAGAAUCUUCAUCGCAGGAGGAGGAGGAUCUGACGGAGGCUUUCAAGGUGUUCGACGAGAACGGCGACGGCUUCAUCUCCGCCCAAGAAUUGCAGGUGGUACUAAGGAAGCUCGGGAUGCCAGAAGGCCGAGACAUCGGUCGAGUUGAGCGUAUGAUCUUCUCCGUUGACCGUAAUCAAGACGGCCGCGUUGACUUCCAUGAAUUUAAAGACAUGAUGCACAGCAUCAUGGUUCGUAGCUCUUGAAUUACGAUUGAUUAAUCAAUCAUAAUUUUCAAGCCUAGAUCCUUCGUUUUGUUUUGUUUUGUUUUGUUUUGUUUUUUCUUUUCAUUAUUUUUUUCCUCCUUGUUUUGAUUUGUGGGGUUUGGAACUUCGAACGUUCAUGAAAUCUUUCCUCCUUCUUCUAUUAUAUAUGUUGUUCGAUCUUUAGGAAUUAAAUUUACCUUUGUACUGUC